CUCCACUAACGUGGGAGUCGGAGAACCUGAGUCAGUCAGCGUGUAUAGAGACCAAGUUUAAAUUUAUUUCAGUUCCGGGACCGGUCGUAUAAUACAAACCGAGGCGUAGAUAUUAAAAAUAAGCAGCACUGCUCACUCUUUUCGUUUGUUUCAGGUCUGGAGCUGGCUAUAAUGCACAGACGGGGACCGAGGUUCAGUGAAAUCAUCAAACCUUGACGUAGAAGGAAAUGUCUUCCUUCUGUCAAGGUCUGACUACGGGAUACUAAAGAUAAGCGGCCCCGCUCACCCUUUGAUUGCAAUGAUCAUCAGUAAUUUUGGAGCUGAACAAUAUUGUUUCUUCAUAUCUGCCCCAAAAAUGACGGAAUUGACUGAACCUGAGGUCAAGCUUGAAGCUCUCUUAGGCAUCAUCAACUCCUCUGCACGCCAAGCAAUCGCGGAAUACAAGAAAACUGGACAUGGGGUACCCAGUGCAGAUGCAACUACCUUCCAUCCCCUCGACAUGGCGACAGAUACGCUUGCCCUCAGAAAGGCCACUAGGCUGCUUGAGGGUGCAUAUCACCAACUGAGCGCAAUACUGGCUCCUCCCCAACACACGGUGAUGAAUUUCGUUUUUGAUUACAAUUGGGCAUGUACGAACGUUGCCUUGCGAGCACGCAUCGCGGAUGUUCUGGAGCAACACCCGGAAGGUCUUAGCGUGGAUAGGCUAGCUGAAGCAGUCAACCUUGACAAGAGCAAGACUGCACGCAUCUUACGGGCUUUGUCCCUCAUGGGUUGCUUUAAAGAAGUCGAACGGGAUGUCUUUACAAACACCCGACUAUCCCUCAUACUCAAGUCAGCAAACAACACUGGGUGUUAUGCACAUUUUCAUUCCCGGGACGUCUCUAAAUACGCAGGAGUUCUCUAUGAGACUAUGAUCGACCAAGAAUUUUCACGAUCACAUGAAGUCGAAAAGGCACCCCGUGUAUUUGCCUGCAGGAAAGAGGGUAUGGAGGAGAGCUUCUGGGAAAUGAUCAAGAAGGACGACGAAAGACGCGAUAUAUUUCACAGAGGCUUGCUUGGCCACAGUGAGAUGAUGGGCACUUCUGCAUUUCUGCAUCAAUACCAUUGGGACAAUGUGUCCUCUGUGGUUGAUGUCGGAUCCGGCAUUGGAGCGUUUUCCAUGCCUCUGGCGAAAAUGUUCCCUCAUCUCAGAAUAACCAAUCACGAUCUUCCGGAAGUUAUGGUACAGGCACAAAACGCCUGGGAGAAGGAUGCUCCUGAUGCACUACUCGAUGGGCGUGUGAAGUUCGUGCCAAACAAUUUUUUCGAGGACAUACCUGUUGCUGGCAAGGAUGUCUACUAUCUGAGGCACAUUAUCCACAACUGGCCGGACGCUGAGGCAACGAUGAUCCUCCGCAACAUUCGCAAGGCCAUGGGACCGAACAGCGUAGUGCUAAUUCAUGAUUGCGUUCUCUUUCACACGUUCCAAGAACCUGGCGCAGGAACUACUGAUGGGUUAAGCAUCGCCCCCGAACCUAUGCUACCAAACUUUGGAACAGGCAGCCACAGAACAUACCAAAUAGACCUGACUAUGUGGUUCCUUCUGAAUUCCAAAGAACGAACCUUGGACGAGCUGAAGAUUAUCGCGCAAGUUCCUUAUAAUUCAUCUUUGACACGUCGGUGACAAUUGAUUGGUGAUAAUUUACAGGGCUACGGCUGGUCUAGCACUCACCCAGGUUUAUGAUCUCGUAGAUACAAUGGUCAUGGAGUUCAGGAUUGCUCAGAGCUGAUAUCAAGAAGUUCUUUAAACACGUGGUGCAUAUUCAUCGUACACUUUGAAAGCUUAAUAGAACUCUGGGUAGUUGCUAUCUUACUGUUUCAAAUGCGUGA